AUGCCAGACGAUCCGAAACGAGUUGGGUGGACGCCAAUGCUGCUGCUGAUUUGCGUCGGGACCACCAUCGGUGCUGUUAUACCCCUAGGUUAUGCGCUGGGGGUUAUGAAUACGCCUGCUGAGGUGAUCAAAAAAUGGACUAUCGCUAGUGUGUCUAGAACAUACAGCAUUGAACUCAAUGCAACGAAGGCGGACAUACUAUGGGCUAGCAUAGUGUCAAUUUUCCAGGUUGGCGGUAUUUUGGGUUCCUUUAUUUCUGGAUCUAUAAGCAACAAAUUUGGAAGAAAGGGAUGUCUUGCAUUCAGCGGAGUUUUGUUAUCCUUAGCUGGACUUUUCUUACAUUUCAGCCGCAUGGCUCACCUCGUCGAGAUGAUGUUAUUCGGUCGUUUUUUGAUCGGUAUCUCAGCUGCGCUAAUCUACACCUCACAGCCGAUGUAUUUGCUGGAGUGCGCGCCCAUACAUCUGCGUGGCAGUGCUGGCGUCUUCACACUGCUUGGCAUAACGGGUGGCAUUGUUUUUGGGCAAAUAUUUAGUUUACAACAAGUCUUUGGCAAUGAGAAGUGCUGGGAAUUGGCCUUAAGUUCCUACUUGAUUUUUGUUCUGAUUGGCUUCUUGCCGGCGCUUUCGUUUCCGGAAUCCCCUAGUUGGUUAAUUAAGGUGCGACAAGACGAAGAAUUGGCCAGGAAGUCCUUGAAAAGUUUACGUGGAAAAAAUGCUGAAGAAACUAUAAAUGCCGAAAUUGCAGAAUUGAAAGCUUCAGCCGCUGCCUCUAGUGAAAUACUUGGAUUUUGGGCGGUGCUGAAGAACUCAGAAUUUUGCCUGCCUCUGCUAAUUGUUAUCUCAUUUACCGCUUGUCAAGGCUUGAGCGGAAUUAAUGGUAUUUUCUUUUAUUCAGUAAGAAUAUUUACCAAAUGCGGCUUUUCCGAUGAAAAUGCCACCUGGUUAAAUUUCGGUUCUGGUGUGCUGAAUUUUGUGUUUGCGCUCAUUAGUUUGGUUUUAAUGGAGAAAUUCAAUAGACGUCCCUGCAUGCUCCUCUCAGCGGGUGCUUGUGCUCUAUCAUUAAUCGGCUUGGGGUUCGCUUUGAAAUAUAUUGAUUACGUCAGCUGGUUCCCAAUACUUUGCGUUAUUUUCAUGGCUUCCUUCAUAAUAUUUUUCAAUGUGGGCCUAGGGCCAAUACCAUUCUUUAUAGGAACAGAACUCUUUGAAUUACCACCUCGUACUGUGGCCAUGGCUACCGGGAACUUUUCAUGUUGGACCGGUAAUUUCCUGAUCGGUAUGUGUUUCCCUCCUGUAGAGAGCCUAAUUGGUCCAUUCUGUUUCCUACCCUGUGGUGGUGUUUGUAUAUAUUGCUUCUUGCUCACGUGGCGCUAUGUACCGGAGACACGUGGUUUCGAGCCGUCGGAUGUGAAGCCUUUGAUGGCGAAUGGCCUUAAAUCGAAAGUAACUUAAAGUGAGGUUACAGAAAUUGAUUGAAAAAAUAUUGUAUUACUGAAAUCAAGUUUAUUGUCUGGAAAGAUUCUUACU